AUGCCGAUUUCCACAUUUACCCUCAAUGCCCCAAAUGGCAAGGACAUUAAAGUCAAUACGGGUCUAUUUAUUAAUAACGAAUGGACCAGUGCGAAGAAUAACGCGGAAUUUGCUUCUAUCAACCCCGCUACCGAAGAAGAAAUUUGCUCUAUCUCCAAGGCCUCUGCCGAAGAUGUCGAUCGGGCCGUUGCUGCCGCAAAAGAGGCCUUCAGUGGCCCUUGGAGCGACUUGGAUGGCACGGGCCGAGGGAAGCUGCUUUUAAAGUUGGCUGAUCUAGUUGAGGCUGAGCACGAGAUCAUUGCAUCUCUCGAGGCAGUUGAUACUGGAAAGACUUUUACGAAAGCAAUGAAGGAUGUCCACGAAGUUUUCGAGGUUUUCCGAUACUAUGGUGGCUGGGCCGACAAGCACUAUGGACAGACUAUCGACGCAGGCAAGCACCGCUUUGCUUACACUAUUCGCCAGCCCAUCGGUGUCACCGGGUCUAUCACUCCAUGGAACUACCCCUUGAUUAUGGUCUCCCUGAAGCUCGGACCAGCUCUCGCAUGUGGUAAUACUUGUGUCUUGAAGCCUUCGGAAUUCUCGCCCCUCUCCGCUCUAUAUCUGGCCAAUCUCUUUGUUAGAGCUGGUUUCCCGCCCGGAGUUGUGAAUAUCGUUAAUGGCGAAGGUGGUGAAGCCGGCGCGCGUCUCUCUGAGCAUCCCGAUGUCGCUAAGAUCAGUUUCACCGGUAGCACCGCCACCGGAAAAUUGAUUAUGAAGGCAGCAGCCCCCACGAUGAAACGAGUUGCACUAGAGACAGGUGGCAAGUCUCCCGUCAUUGUCUAUGAUGACGCUGACAUCCCCAACGCCCUCAAAUGGGUGUACUAUGGGAUAUAUGCAAACCAGGGUCAAAUCUGUACUUCCACGGCCCGUAUUUACAUCCAUGAGAAGAUUUACGAUGAGUUUCUCAGGCGAUUCCUAGCUUAUACCGAGAAACAUGCUAUUGUUGGCGAUCAGUUUAAGGAGGAGACUUUUAUUGGCCCUUUGGUUAACAAGGCCCAGUUCCAGCGGGUUCUUGACUACAUCAAGAUCGGCCAGCAGGAGGGCGCUACCCUUAUCAAGGGUGGUGGCAUCCUCCCCGAGCGACCUGGUGAUAGAGGAUUUUUUAUUCAGCCCACUAUCUUUGGAAAUGUGACCCCAAGGAUGCGCAUCGCUACAGAGGAGAUAUUUGGUCCUGUUGGCGCUUUCUUCAAGUUCUCGGACUCGGAUGAUAUCGUCAGGAUUGCCAAUGACACCCGCUACGGUCUCUCAUCCGCUCUUUUCACCAAGGAUGUUAUCAGAGCUAUCAAGGUUUCAGAGAAGCUUGAAUCUGGUAUGGUUUGGAUCAACUCCAGCAACAACUCAGAUUACCGUGUCCCAUUUGGAGGUGUCAAGGAAUCUGGCAUUGGCAGAGAGUGUGGCGAGGCGGCCUUGGACGAAAACUCAGUCCUGAAGACAGUCUACCUUAACCUGCAGCUGACGAAUGACGAGUGA